CAGAGAACUAAUGGGUAUGGUUCUUUUUUUUUUCCUCUUUUCCGUAAAACAAGAAAAAAACGUUAGUUUCCCCUUUGACUUGUUUGUCAGCAAUGUGCAUUCGCUGCAAUGCUAGGACGCAACGGCUUGGCACGGCUAGCUAGCAUGCUAAGCUAACCCUUGCUAACUCGGCCUGGCCCCGGCCUUACGUCGGCCCCCUUGGCUCGAAGCCCGUCGCGGGCGCAGCUUGCGCCUCCCGUCGACAUUUUUGCCCCCCACAUCGGAAUAUCCCAACCACGGCGACUUUUCGGAACCGUGGGGACACCGCAACCCAGCAGCCUCUGGGAAGCAACAUGUUGAACUCACCGCGCUUCUUCCUCUGAGUGACGUGAACCCAACUGUGCAAACGACAAAUGGUGCAAAAAAGUUGAGCGUGAGAAAGUUGCAUGCGUGCAGGGCAGCGCACGCCAGUUCCGGAUUUUCUCCCCGGGGGGGGGAUGGCUCCUGGUGGCAAGAGGCAGUAAUGGAGGUGCGUACGCCAUUCAGCACCGGAAUCAUGCCGCAGCGAAAAGGGUAGGGUCGACUUUGAGCUUGUCUCACCCUACCCCCACCCCCCCGACCCCUCCCUCCCAAAGCAGAGUCCUUCUCUGAAGCUGCCCUGCACAGCAUUAGAAGACAAACAUGACGUGUGUUGCAAAGACUUUGGUGGAUGUCUGAUAGAAGUACCCUUGAGGUGUCGCGUGCAAAUCCAGUGGAGCCAUGAAUGGCGGAAAGGACUGUGAGGCGGGAGACGAGAGGCCGACUGUUCCCGUCCAAGUCCCCAUUGGCUGGCAGCGCAAGCGGGAUCAUGGCGGUGGCGUCGUAUAUAUCAGUCCCAGUGGCUCAGUGCUGUCCAGCUUGGAGCAGGUGAAAACCUACCUUCUGACAGAUGGAACCUGCAAAUGUGGUCUGGAGUGUCCGCUCGUCCUCCACAAGGUGUUCAACUUUGACCGGGGAGCCGUGGUCAAACAGAGGACAGCAGAGGACGUGAAGGCAGACGAGGACGUCACCAAGCUCUGCAUCCACAAGAGGAAACUCCUGGCUGUGGCUACGCUGCACAAGAGCAUGGAGAGUCACCCGCCUCUCACGCUAACAAGUCCUGCUGGAGGUACGUCAUCGGUGGUCGCAUCGCAUUCCACACCACAUCGAGCAAUAAGGACUAAACCCCACGAGGGUCUGCCCACCGCUGCUGGUCCAGACUGCAAGAAUCCCUACAAGAUGAUGAUGUCGUCUGGCCACCAACAGCAGCUAUAUCCACCCCAGGAGAUGGGCGGAGGCCAGCAGUCAGAGCUCUGUGCUGGGUACCCCAGGCCGCAGAGGCUUCCCAGCAGUGACCCAGGCCCCAAGUCUCCUUACAGAGCUGGUUAUGGAGUCAUGUUGAGUCCGCCGGUCUCCAGCGCUAAGCCAUGCGGAGAUGGCUCACAGUCACCCCGUGCAGACACGCUGUCCAGCCCGGAGGGCUAUCCGAGAAGCAAUCCUUGCGGAUAUUCUGGAGCUGGCAGUCCCGGGUCUGCUUCCAUUCACGGAAAUUCCAGGACCCCACUUUCUCCACCUAGCAUGAUGAUUCAUAGCUCCCCUGCAAGUCAAGCAUCCUGUGCGAUGACAGGAAGGACUAGCACACCGCUCUCACCCACAGUCACUGCCAAAAGCCCCGUCAUGAACAUGAAUAUGCCACGCGGGAACUUCUCCUCCGGUGUGGACAUGCCCAAUACGGUGUUCCACCAUAAAGUCCAACCAUCCAUCCACCCUGUACCGCCGUCUCCCUCUGUGCCGCCGCCCUGUGUCCUGCAAAAAAGACAGGUGACAUCAGAAAAAGACCCCUUAGGCAUCCUCGACCCCAUCCCCAGCAAGCCUAUCAGCCAGCCCCCAGCUAACAUUCAACCUAACAUCCACACUCAGGUAUCAAUGAUGAAUGUAAACAUACCCCCUCCCGCCAUCGUCCCCUUGCCAAGCAACUUACCCUUGCCCACAGUAAAGCCCGGGCCCGUGGGCCACAGUAGCCACGUUCAAAGGACUCAACAGAGCGGUCCAGCCUCCUCAGUGUCGCCAUCCCCGGUCACCUCUCCUGUUCACAUGGCGGGGUCCUCCCUCGCUCGGGUGGAAGUCUCCCCCCAUCGCUCCCGGUCCUCCUCCACCUCCUCUGACCACGGGAACUUUGCAAUGCCGUCAGGGCAUCAGGCUCCUUGCGGCGGCAUGAAGGUUCCCCCUCGAUCGCCCAGAUCUGCAAUGGGCUCUCCCAGGCCGGCGAUGCCCUCCAGCCCCUCCACCAACAAAAAUGACUCCCUCCACCAGUACAGAGACUCCCAGCUGCUUCCUGGGAUAGCAAACUCGCUUGGCACCCAGCAGCAAAACUCGAUGUACUCGCCCAACUCCACGUCCUCUUCGUCCUUGCCCACCCCGAGUGCUUCCCAGAAGGGCCACCCAGGACUCCUGGGCAUGCCUCUAAACCAGAUUCUAAACCAACAGAAUGCUGCCUCCUUCCCGGCCAGCAGUCUCUUGUCAGCAGCAGCCAAAGCACAGCUAGCAAAUCAAAACAAACACAGCACUGCUGGUGUGGUCGCUGCUGUUGGUAUGGCAGGUGGAGCACCAGGUGGCGGAAGUAAUGGAGGGGGUGGCGGGCACCCCGGCUCAAUGAGCAGCCCUUGUGGCAUGGACGGACACAGCACUUUAAAUCCCAUGCUCCCACCAAACUCCACCAUGCUGCUCAACUGCCCUGAGGGUCAGAGUGGCCGCGCGGCGCUGAGAGAUAAGCUGAUGGCCCAGCAGAGGGACCCCAUACGCAAAAGGAAGCAGUCAUCAGGGAGCACAUCUGUCGGCCAUGACAGCAGCAACAACAACAUGGUCUACAACAUGCAUAACAAGCCUAGCAUGGGAGGAGCCCACAUGCCCGCUCCCAGUUCAGAGCAGAUGCGAAAAAUGGUCCGUCUUGGAAACCUCCCACCGAACACUUCGAUGGCCCAGCUCCUCCAGUCCAUGAGCAACCAGAGCUCCCACAACAUGGCUGGCAACAACCACCGACCUGGCCUCAGCCCAGGACCUUCUUCUCAAGGAGCUACUCAACUCCAGUACAACGACACUACGUCCAAGAUCACUUGCGGCUCACAGCAGAACUUCAUUGGCCAGCAGAGGCUUCGAGUCCCAGCAGAAGCUAUGCAGCACUGUCCAAACGUUGACGCCGCUGCCGGGGCCCACUUGGGCUCUCGCCUGGGCCAGUUUCCCGACAUGAUGGGCCAGAUUCAGACUUCAGCCUGUGGGCCUCUGGUUCCAGGCAGUGGACUAGUAGGCCCCGAUGGCAUGCCACACGGACGCCCCAACGCUAACCCCCCACCGCUGUCUCAUUCUGGGCCUCACCCCUCGCAGCAGACUCUCCAUCACGUUGUAGGGCGGACUAAUAUGGUGCUGAUACCGAGUGGAGAUGGGAGCUAUACAAAGAACAUCUCUGACACAGGAAACGCUUCCUCGCAUGGCUGCAAUGUGGGCAGCCUGCAGCCUCACGUCAACGCCGGCGCUCGACAGAUGUACCAGAAGCACGUCAACCAGGUCAUGCAGCAGGGCGGGGCCUCCCACGGGACCUCCCACUCUGCCUACCAGAGUCAGCAGCACUUUCCUGACAACCCACCUUAUGCAGACAACAGCAAUGCAAACGUCGACUCCAUGGUUUUCCGCUACCAGAAUUACCAGCAGGGGAUGAUGCCGCAGCCUCCGUUUAGUGAGGGGCAACCGCAGCAGGGCGAGGGCUUGCGAACGGGAACACCAGCGACAGACAGCGGACCUGGCAGAGGCUCGGAGUCGGUGGACGCCAUCUACAGAGCCGUGGUGGACGCGGCCAGUAAAGGCAUGAGUGUCACCAUCACCACGACAGUAAGUGAGACCACGCAGGCGAGUCCUGUGCCUGCCCUCAGCGCCAUGAGUGCCUUCACUGCCUCCAUCGGGGAGCCCGUGAACCUCCCCCAGGCGGUCAGUGCAGUUCUGCAUGGAGAAGGGGACGCUUUACCUCAGCAAGCCAGAACCAGGCAGGCGUGGCCCGUCGGAGGCCGGAAGAACAUGGAUCCAGGGAAGGGCACCGCAGAUGUCCCGGAGGCUAACGAGUACUUCCGACCCCCUGGCUGCGGAACUCCCAGGGGGCAGUGGGAUGGGGAAAUCCAUCAUGGCGGCGGCUUUGACGCGCACGGCAACAGCAGCGUCUGGGGUGGGGAGGAGUUCUUGGAGUGCUCCACCCAGGUGAGGAGCAGUCCCUGCAUGGAGCGAAGUACGAACUUAGUGCCCGUCCCGCCUUGCCCUACUGACGCCACCAAUGACCACGGCGUGGCCUUGGCGCUCGGCAAGCCCUUUGUCGACGAUAGCUACCGCUUCAACAACUGCAGCCGGACGCAUACCAACUAUAAGGAGCGCUUAGAGCAGACGGUGGAACGUUGCGUUCACAUUAACGGCGCAACAUCGCUCUUUAACACACGGGGUUAUGGAGAGGUCCUCGGACCCCCGCGACAAGAACUCACAGGCGACGACCAGUCCCCCAGCUCGUCCACAAGCCUGGAAGGACCUCUGGCCGGCGUUAAAGACUACAGCCACUACAACGGCCACUUCAACGGGAUGGCGCCCAGCCCCUCGGACACUAAGAGUCUAAGCAGCGAGGAGGACCUGCGGCAGCCGGACUCGCCCUCCUCGGAGCUCCUCCACUACCGCUCCAGGACCUUCAAUAUGGGAGAACUGGUGUGGGGCCAGUUGAAAGGCUUCCCACCCUGGCCGGCUAAGCUGGCGGGGGAGGAACAGAUGCACGGUGCUGCCAUGCAACUGCGGGAGCAGGCUAAGAUGGAGCCAGAAAAGCUAAAAACUUUAACACAUGACUUGGAAGCACUUGACCGAGUCGCCAAAAGAGGCUUAAAGCCAGGAAAACUGAAUAAUCACUUGGAAGCUGCUAUCCACGAGGCCAUGAGCGAGCUGGACAAGAUGUCGGCCACUAUCCCGUCGAGAGAGCGGCCGACGAAGGCGCCGAAGCCCAAGAGGCGAAAGAUCUCCAGAUAACAAUGAAUGUGUCGCCGUCUUCAACGCCUUCCGGAGGUGCCUCGCUGCCGUCUGAGCUGUCCUCGGUGCUACGCAUGGACGCCGCGUGAUCCCCCAUUGAUCCAUCAUUGAGGUGCUGGAACUUCCAAUCGCCGACACAGUUGAGUGAACAAAUUGAGAGAACCAUCAAAAAAAAAAAUAAAAAUUACAAUUUAUCGACAGCUCGCUGAACUAUUUUUUUGUAGUAUAAGAUAGUAAAAAGACAAAAAAAAACCUGAGCAUUACCUUACAUAUUUAAGAAAAAUAGACAGUCCAAAUAUUUCUGAUACAUUUUCAUGAUGUAAAUAGGGUAACCCUGAAAUGUCAAAUUAUUAAGAAUUGUAUGUAAAUAUUGUAAAAUGUAAUGUACAAGCGUACUUAAUGCACAUUUUAUCUUUUGUUGUACAAAAACAAAGCAAAGUGUACUGACGUCUCGCUUUCUAUUCAGACGUGCACUCGCAUAGGAGCGCACACACGGAAAAAAACACGGCUUUUUAUAUGACACGGCAGUCAGGCGGGUGCUUUGAGUUUGUUUGUUUUUUUUUUUGUUUUUGUUUUUGUUCAUGUUGUGGCGAGAGCGAGUGGUGUCUAAGUUGGUUACGUCAUGCCAGAAAGUGUUCACGGAAAACGAAGACAGAAUGAACUUUACCAGCAAAUAGUGCCGUUGUUGUUGUAGGCUCCGUCCCACGAUGCAGUUUAACCCUUCUGUUGGAGAAACCAGCGUUUUUGGUUUGUUUGUUUUUUUCUUUUUCCAUUGCUGGCUCUCAUUUAUGGAGGACCAAAACUGCCAAAAUAAAUAAA